AUGAGUUCUGAUUCGGAUGAAGAUUUACCCCCAGAGCUACGGUACACAACGGAAGAGGUGAUGCGAGCCAAGGAAACCAACCCAGGAAUGUUUGUAAGCGCCUGGCAAGCUGACGAAGAAGACAUCACAUACUGGUCAAAGAAGGAUUUGAGAAAGGAUCCCAAAAAACUCUUCAUUCUCUCUGGGCAGCGAGGCGAUUUGGAGACCAUGAAAAGCGUUUUUGAGAUAGAGAUUGGACCAGAUUGGGCGAAUCAACCAUCAAGAUUGAAGGAAUUUCUUUUGGCUCACGAUGAUGACGGCUACACAGCAUUACAUCGCGCCGUUUACUCGGGUCAUGUUGAAACUGCUGAGGUAUGUCUCGUCUUGCUUCUUAUAUUCCCUAUCCAGUUCCUUUUGCGACACGGUGCUCAUUUGGAGACCCAAACAGUGGAUGGAUGGCGACCGCUGCACUCUGCCGCGUUUUGGAACCAGUUGGCUUGUGUUCAGCUUCUCUUGGAAGUUGGAGCUGAUGUCACUGCUGUAACAAGCAGUGGACAGACCGUCCUGCACCUCACCUUGGCCAACAACCAGACAGCAGAGACUUUAAUAUACCUCCUUGCACAACUCUCCGCUGACCCAGAGAAAUUUGAAAAGGUUUGGAAGUAUCGAAACGCGUCCGGAGACACGCCCGCGGAAUUGCUUGUACGUAGUAGCUCCAUAGGAACAUUCCUGCUGAACUCAUUCAGUCCUGAGGCCACAAGCCUCGGGACGGCCGGUAAGGGCUGA